AUGCAGGACGCGGGCGCCAGGCAGCGCAAGCCGGCCUCCAGCGGCGGAUCCUCGGGCGCGGACGCCACCACGAGCAGCAGCAGCAGCAGCAAGGGAGCGCACGUGCUGGACAAGCUGUUUGGCAAGAAGCUGGCGCACACGCUGGUGCAGACGCGCUCCUGGAUGAAGACCGUGCCCACAGACGACUGCGACGUCCUCAUGGUCCUGCCAGAGAAGACGAGCGACGCCACGCUGCUGUGGCUGCUGAACAAGCUGCGCGUGGGGCUCCCCGAGCUCGUCGUGCAGGUGCGCCACCACCCGUGCACGCGCGCCUACGGCCUCUACCUCACCGCCUCCUACAGCCACCUGCUGUGCGGAGUGGAGCUGCUGUCGAUCCGCAAGCCUGUGAGGGCCGAGUUUGGGGGCGGCAUGCAGCCCUUCAUGCGCGACGAGGACAUCUUCGAGAAUGUUGACAACGAAGCCCUCUUCCUGUCGUCCCAGGAGAGGCAGAGCAUCAUCUUCACCUGGCUUCAGAACCUGCGGGCAGGGCCUGGGGAGAGGCUGCAUGACGUCUUCUUCCUGGAAGGACAGCCCAUCGUGCUGGAGCUGCUGAACAGGAAGGUGAUCGACCAGGUGUUCCCGCUCCACGAUCGCAGCACGCUCAAGAAGUUCAUGAAGAGCUGGGUCCGGCCGUCCUUCCACCAGCAGCCUCUGGAUGAGGUGUGCGAGUACUUUGGCGUGAAGGUGGCCAUGUACUUUGCCUGGCUGGGGUACUACACGUCGGCGCUCGUCUAUCCGGCCGUCUUGGGCCUCCUGCUCUGGGUCUACUGCUACACCACGCAGUCCAGCCAGGACGCGGGUUUCGUGCUCUUCUCGCUGUGGAACGUCGUCUGGGCCUCCGUGUUCCUGGGCGGCUGGAAGCGGCGUGGCGCCGAACUGGCGUACCGCUGGGGCACGCUCGACGCCGCCGACGACCUGCUGGAGGAGCCGAGACCCCAGUACCAGGGCGAGAAGCGCGUGAGCAACGUGACGGGCCGCGAGCAGCUCUACUACCCGAGCUGGAAGCGCGAGCUCUUUCGCUGCUUGGUGAGUGUGCCCGUGUGCGUCGCCGGCCUCGCCCUCGUCUUCGUCACCAUGCUCGCCUGCUUCCAGCUGCAGGACUACCUGCUGAGUGUGGAGGGCGUGUCGGACUGUGUGCACUACCUGCCCAAGGUGCUCCUCGCCGUCAUCGUCACCCUCCUCAACGACGUUUACAACAGCAUCGCCUACUGGCUCAACGACAGGGAAAACUACCGGCUGCAGACGACGUACGAAGCCCAUCUCAUCAUCAAGCUGGUCAUGUUUCAGUUCAUAAAUUCCUACCUGAGCCUGUUCUACAUCGCCUUCUACCUCAAGGACAUGAAGAGGCUGAAAGAGAUGCUGGCGGCGCUGCUGAUCACUCGCCAGCUGAUGCAGAACCUGCGCGAGGCGCUGCAGCCGUACGUCAUGGAGAAGCUGCGCCGCAUGGACCUGGCGCGGAGACCCCGGGACGCGACGCACGCGCCGGAGCCGUGCGAGGGCAUCUCCCUGCACGAAUACUCGGACGCCUCCUCCUCAUCGUCACCCCCACCCUCGUCCUCCUCGUCUACUCCCGCCGACUCCUCCUCAUACUCGUCAUCGGCCGCGGCGCCCGGUGUUGGUGAAACCGGCAGCGAUGAUGACCGCAACCGUGGUGGUGGUGGUGGCGGCGGUGGCGGUGGCGGCUUCGGGCAACUGACCGUGGGCUCCGUGUACGGCCACGAGGACGAGUGGGGAUUCUCCGAGCUCGGCGGCGACGGAGACGACGGCGGCGGCGGCGCCGAAGAAGCGACGGCGGAGGAGGACGAGGCGGAGGGCGAGGUGGGAGGAGACGCGGCGCAGGAGUCGGACGUGCCGGUCGGCGGUGGCGUGGAGGUGCCGGGGGCCAGGGAGACGCGGGGAGAACGGGGGCUGUCGGAGAGUGGGGGGGCGGCAGACUCGGUGAGGUCGCGGGCAGCCAAGGCGGGGGCAGCUGAUGGCACCGCUGCUGCUGCUGCUGCUCAGACCCGGGGGCAGCAGGAGGCUGGGGGACGAGGUGGGGAGGAGCAGACGAACGAGGGGGAAGAGGAUCAUCCUCCCAUCGCCCAGGCCGAAAUGGAGAGCUGCAUGGACCAAUACAAGGACACGAUCGAGGACUACCUGGAGAUGUACGUGCAGUUCGGCUACGUGGUUCUCUUCUCCUCGGCGUUCCCGCUCGCCGCGCUCUGCGCCCUCGCCAACAACCUCAUGGAGAUCCACACGGACGCCUUCAAGCUGUGCACGGGCCUGCAGAGGCCCUUCGGGCAGCGCGUGCGCAACAUCGGCCUGUGGCAGGACGCCAUGGAGUUGAUGGUGUCGGUGGCCAUCAUGGUGAACUGCGCCCUCAUCGGCCAGAGUGGACAGCUCAAGAGUCUCUUCCCGUCGUUCAGCUCCGAGGGGAUCGUCCUCGCCAUCGUCCUGCUCGAGCACUGCGGGCUUUUGCUGAAGUACACCAUCCUCAAGUUGAUUCCGGACGUGCCCUCCUGGGUCGCUGAGGAGAUGGCCAAGCUGGAGUUCCAGAGGAGAGAAACUUUCAAGCGGUACGAGCGAGCUGCGCAGCUGCGGCGGCAGCAGAAGGAGGAGGAGGAGAGGCGCGAGCAGCUGCGAGAGGAGAGGGCCGCUCACCUCCGCGCCAAGGACGCCGCCCGCGAAAGCAGCAAGGCGGACGAGCGAGCCGCACACGGCUCGGCGCAGGGCGCGGGCAGCACGCCAGGAUCGUCCGGGUCCACGCACGGCGGCGACAGGCAGCAGCAGCAGCAGCACACGAGCGGCAGCAGCGACAAGCCCCGACGGCCAUGCUCGCUGCCCAAGAGCAUGAAACUCAAGCAGAUUAUCCCCAUGCAGGGCCGCAUGCUCUCUCCCUCGUCCACGACGACAACGACAACAUCGUCCGCGACGGCGGCGGUGGCGCCGUCUGCUUCAAAGGCGGCGCAAGCCGUGGCGGGCGCAGGCGAGGAGAGGACGGUGUCCGGUGCCACCAAGACGCCCGCCGCCGCGCAGUCGCCCAACGGCGAGAGCAAGCUGCCGGGCUUCCUGAGCCGGCGCUUCCUGCGCUCGCCCUCGGCGGAGAGCCGCGCGGCCACGGCGGCGGGCGCCGCCGCCGUGGCCGCGGGCGCCGCCGCCGGGUCGGGCCCCGAGCGAGCGCAGUCGCCCACGAAGCUCGGGAAGCUGUUCGGCUUCGUCCGCGCUGACGGCGGCGGCGGCGGCGGCAACGGGAACGGCGCCGGCGCUGCCGAGAAAGAGGAGGGUUCAGGGGAUCAGGUUUUGACGUCUCCAACCGUGUCGGCGUCGUCGUCGUUGUGCUCGGCAGCUCCGGUCGUCGCACGGCCCGAGGGGGCUGGCGGCUCGUCCCAGAUUUCGGUGCGGGACGGCAAACACGAGGAGGCGUACUCGGAGAAGGGAGACUGAGACGAGUGUCGCCGGGCCGUCGCCGAAAUCCGGCAGCGCGAACCGCGUCCUCUCUGAAUUCGGUUCCUGAAGAGGGUCGCAGCACAUGAAGCGAAGCGUCGGACAGCGCGUGCGGAACGGCCCCGAUGCAAUACAUCGGAGCGAUAUACGGCCCGACCGUGGAAAACUGCCAUUGUGGUCUUCGCAGCGUGACCGUCUCUCUCUCUGUGUGCUCUAGCACUGGCGGCUCGACGACUCUGUGGUUGAGAGCGAGUUUUAUUUAUUACGUUCUUUGCGGUCGUGUCAUUUUAGGUUUAUAUCCAUGUGCUUUGCAAUGGUGUGGUUGACUGAAUGAGAAGAGCAUAUGCAAGUGUGGGUGUUGACCCUCACAGGGAGUGUGGGGGAGGAAAGAGGGGGCGCUGUUAUUGAAAUAGGAAUUAUCUCAGAGAAGCGGGUGGAGAGAAGAUUGUGCGUGCUAUUUUGCCAACUGGAGAUUUUGAUGACGCGAGACUCCGCGAGGUUGCUGCUGCUGCUGCGAAACAGAGACACUAAAUUGACGCCGUUUCGAUUCGUCAUCGAAACGAUCGCGAUCCACGGCAGCCGCAGCGUUCCAUAUUCUCGGCGACCAUUAACGUGUUCGCGGCUCCCAGCAUGCACCGUGGCGUUGUGACAAAGUGAGGGGCCAGGAGUGGAGGGGAGGGAACUUCAGCGUGGCUGUGGAUGCCAGCAGAUGGCGCUUUAGCGACGUGACUGUUCCUUAACAUUAUUUUGUUUCGUCUCGAACGACUCAUGCCGGGCAGCCCCUAGGGUGUGUCCCAGAGACGAGAGACUUUUAUUGUUUAUUUGCUUUUUUUGUUAAGAAAGAAAAAAAUAGAAUUACUCACUCCGAGCCUUGGGAACGUUAACAAACGACGUAAUGUCUGCAUUGCAAGACGCUCCACAAAGUAUGACACACACACACCUACCGCGCACGUAAGACGCAUGCCACAACUUUGGCUUGAAUAUAAAGGGUGGGCGAAAUAUUUGUCUGGUGAUGUGGAGAAUACGGUUUGGGUUUUUGCCAUCAUUUAGUUAUUUUUUUCCCUUUAAUUCCAACCUGGACAGAGGGACUUGCCAAACCAUGCUGCUGGGUUACCAGAAAUAAUUCUGGUGGUGCAAUAGUCCAGGGGGUGGUGGAGUUGGGGCCAAAAGAGGUGGAGCAGCACGGUUGAAGCAAAAAAUCAGGUCAAGUGACCUUGUGGAAAGGGGA